GCCGAUUGGGUGGGAACCCUCCGACCUCCGUGGAGUCCCCGCCUUCCCUCCAGCAGAGGACAGGGUGAAGAUGGCGGCGUCCGUGAGGUGUUUUCUCCGCUGCGCUCAGAAAACCGUGUCCGGUCUGCGGGGCUUCCACAGGAGCGUCCCGGCCGCAGUGCAGGUGACCGUCCGCGAUGCCCUCAACCAGGCGAUGGACGAGGAGCUGGAGAGGGACGAGCGGGUGUUCCUGAUGGGUGAAGAGGUGGCUCAAUAUGACGGAGCCUACAAGGUGAGCAGAGGUCUGUGGAAGAAAUAUGGAGACAAUCGUAUCAUCGACACUCCAAUCUCUGAGAUGGGCUUCACUGGUAUUGCAGUGGGAUCUGCCAUGGCUGGCCUCAGACCCAUCUGUGAGUUCAUGACCUUUAACUUCUCCAUGCAAGCCAUCGACCAGGUCAUCAACUCUGCAGCAAAGACCUACUACAUGUCAGCCGGUCUGCAGUCGGUGCCCAUCGUCUUCAGGGGACCCAACGGAGCGUCGGCCGGUGUCGCUGCACAGCACUCGCAGUGCUUCGCUGCGUGGUACGCUCACUGUCCCGGUCUGAAAGUUGUUAGUCCCUGGAACUCCGAAGAUGCCAGAGGUCUCCUCAAAUCAGCCAUCAGAGACGACAACCCCGGUGAGAGCCGUUCUUUUGUUGGACGUGUGACCUCCAGUUCUUCUUUUAACCUUCUGCUCAUUUAUAUAGAAAACACAUUGAAGAUCGUCAUGGGCUCUGAGAAAUCAUGA